AUGGAACCAGAAAACUUUGAAAUAGCAGCUAAGCAAGAAGCAUGGGUAAAGGCGAUGGAGGAAGAGAUCAAGAUGAUAGAGAAGAAUGAGACAUGGAAGCUAGUAAAUCGUCCAACCAACAAAGAAGUCAUCAGAGUCAAAUGGAUCUAUAAGACAAAGUUCAACUCCGAUGGAUCAAUUAAGAAGCAUAAAGCCAGAUUGGUCACUAAAGGAUACUCACAACUUCUAAGAAUCGACAACAAUGAGACAUUUGCUCCAGUCGCAUGCAUGGAUACGAUAAGAGCACUCAUUGCAUUGGCAGCUCAAAAGUAA